GGUUAAAAUUUUCAUCAGUUGCUAUAAAUUAUCAUAAUGCAAAAUGGAGCUAUCAACGAUGGGAGGUCGUCGUCUGACCUCUCAGCAAUUACAGCAACUACAACAGUCACAGCAACAACAGCAGCCAGACCAACAGUUCCAACCGUUUCAACAGCAGCAACACCCAACGCAAGCAAUGUUAUUCCAACACCAGCAGCAUCCCGGCCAGCAAAUGCCACCUACCCCGACGAUGGGUCUAGGUGGAGGAAUGAACCCAUUGCACCGAUCCGCUACCCGAUUUCAUACCUCACGGCACCGGAAGGAUUCGCUGGGGAAGAGUGUUAGCAAGUACAUGUAUCCACCCGGGUCGCCCUCGAUGGGGUUCAGCGAAAAUAUCUACCAUCCCCAGACGGCGACCAACAACGGCAACAGCAACAAUAUGAAUAUGGCCAACAGUAAGCACAACCGCUACCCGGAGCCGGAUCCGGAUGUAAUAGAAGUCUACCUGGAGGAUGACCCGAUCAAACUGAAAGAAGCGGUGCGCGAUGGAAAGGAGAUCAAAUGGCGCAACAACAUUGUCGCAACUAUGGAACGCUACGAGCCAGCUCCCAUAUCGGCCGCUACUUUACCCUCGUCCUACUUGCACCACCACCAAUCCAGUAACGAUAGCAGCGUCAAUCCCGAGUACUCGUACGCGUACUGUGAACCGAUGAUGCUCAAACAGCAAUCCAUCCAACAGCAACAGCAGUCGCAACAAGCCGGCAGCCAGCUGCUUCCCAGCAACAUCCCGCAGAUUCACAAAAUCUCCUCGUCAGUGUCGAGCAAUGCGCUCUCCAAGUUGCCAUCCACCAAUUCUCUACGUGCCUUAUUAAGUAAAAGCUUCCGGAAAAGUUCGAUCUCAUCGAACGCGGCCGGUACGUCCAGUGGAGGCCCUGGUGCUGUGGGGAAUGCCGUCACGCAAGAGAAGCAUACUUUUACAACGCGUUAUGGCACGAAGGAGAACAUCUACGAGGAUGUCGGGUCAGGAUCCAACCUAGGGACAGCAUUGGGUGGAACUAAAGCCGGAGCAAACAUAAACUCCUCUUCGACGCAAAGUUUCGAGUCGAUAAGCAAAUUCAAUAUUCAUGACGAAUUAAGGCACGUUCAAAGCCAACACGAUAGAAUACUGGGGGAGCUGAAUCUAUCGGUGGAGACGUUGAUCAUGCCAUCGAAAGACGAACAGGAUGCCAUUGAAGAACGAUUGAAUGAGAUUCAAUGUGCGCAGUAUCAUGAUGAGCUUUCGCAGGACGAUUGCAUAGCGGCAGGUUCGUCCAAUUCAGCUAUGAUCCAUAUGCAAGAACGGCUAUCGCCGACCACUUCGCAGCCAAACAAUGGCGACGUAGAUAGUGGAAUAAGUGGAAGUAGUAGUAGUGGCGCUAGUUAUUCCAGUAGUAUGUUGUACCGAACCACUACCAUGUAUACGAACAACAGCAAGACGGUGACGAUCAACGAUAACGCGGAGGGUAGUGGUUCUGGAAUGUCAAUGAUGGCCGGAAGUAGCUCGAUAAGAAGCAGUUGUGGCAGUAGCAGUGGCUGCGGGUCAGGCCCAGGCGGCGGUUAUUCGUCCUGUGGGGGUGCUAGUUGUAGUAAAAUGGCUUCUAACGUUGUGAUACCUAAUUCAAAUAAGAUAACCUGUUGUUUCUAUUCUGAUAAGCUAAGCAAAAAUAGUAAAUCCAAUUCCGAUCACCUAGAAACGCUAGGAGACAAGUCCAGCUUUUGGAAUAAAUUGGGGAAGUUAAAAAUUUCCGGUGUAUUUGGUGGUGCCAACAGUAGCAACAGCAGCAACAGCAGCUCUAGUAGCAGUAGUACAAACGGCCAACAUUUCCAUCCACCACAUCAGCAUCACCACCACCAUCCGCAUUUACACCAUCAUCACAACCAUGGUCUGCUUAGCCACCAACAUCAACUGUCAGGCCUUAACCACUCCGCUCCGACGACCACCACCAAUACGGCCACGAUCGCACGAAGCAACGAAGCUGAUCCGCAUCUGCAUCUCCACCAUCACCAUCAUCACCACCACCAUCGUCUUCCGUCGCCGCCAGUCACCACAACGAUCGAGCCCUGGUGGCAAACGCCCCCGUCGGAUUCCGGCUGUAUGCUGGAUGCGUCGAUUUGCGGUGGUGGCGAGUACCAGAUGCCUUGUGAAAUUAUGGUUCCACCGCCACAACCGCCACCAUCGCAUUCGUCGAUCGUUAGUGGUGUCAGUGUUCGUCCACCACUGCCGCAACCACCAUUACAGACGCAGAUCGAGCUGGAAGAGGACGAAGAGGAGCAGAGAACGGAAUCGGAAGAUCUAGCGACGUGCAAGUAGAAGACGUCAGUGUUACUUUUGUGAUGUGAGUUCUAAUCUAACGACCGUACUACGAGACGAAACAUAUAUUCGCGAAUGUAAAUAACGUGACUCGCUCGUGUUUUAGUGUAUAGUAAAAUUAUAACUGUCAUUUUAACACAAAUCGAUCAACUUAUGUAAACAAUGAUCUGUAUAUUUUAGAACUUCGAUUCACUGUAUAAAUAAAUGAAAAAAUAAAUAGGCGAACCAAUUCGACGAAGAGAAGAAGAAAAACAAUAGAUCUUAGUGUGGAUAGUUAGCGUUAUCUAACAAAUAUAUUUAAAACCGAAAACAAUUAAGCGGUUCUAGACAACCCAACCGACGGACCAUUGUUCCGUGGCUGAUUCUUUUGUUAGUUUUUGUUUUCUUGGUGAAUUCACGUCUCUGAACUUGAAACUAUUUGCUGGGGAAGAGAUUGUAUAUGUGAGCAAAUUCAAAAUUGUUAAACAUUCAUUGGUUGGUUUGGUUGAAUUUAUAUUUGGAUCGAUUGAAAACGACGAGAAAAAGGAACAACAAGAACGAUUGAUUUCUGUUUCAUUUGGCAA